AUGGAUUUAGGUGAUAAUAUAGUAUAUUUCGGAGAAUGGAUAGAUGAUAUAAAACAUGGAAAAGGUGUUCUAACCUGGAAAGAUGGAUCAAAAUAUGAAGGAUAUUUUAAAAAUAAUAAAGCUCAUGGAAGAGGAAGGUUAAUUCAUGCAAAUGGUGAAAUAUAUGAAGGUUAAUGGGAAUAUGAUAAAGCUUAAGGCUAUGGCAUUUAUAUGCAUUUAGAUGGCGCUACAUAUGAAGGAUAAUGGAUGAAUGAUUAAUAAGAAGGUUUGGAAUUGAAAAAUGGUCAGAUAAAUCAGUUUAUGAAGGAAUUUUUAAAUAAGGUAAAAAAAAUGGAAAAGGAAAAUUUAUUUGGGGGGAUGGGUCUAUUUAUGAAGGAGAGUUUGAAAAUAAUAAUAUAUAAGGAUAUGGAAAAUAUAUAUAAAAUGAUGGCAAAUAUUAUGAAGGUUAAUGGGUUUAAAAUAAAAAAUAAGGACAUGGAUAAUUUGAAUGGGCAGAUGGAAGGAAAUAUAUUGGAUAGUUUUUUUAAGAUUUGAAAGAAGGAUAUGGAGUUUUACUGUUUGAAGAUGGAAGGAAAUAUAUUGGGGAAUGGAAAGAUGAUAAAUAAAAUGGAUUUGG